CUUAGAUAGAUGUAUUACUUGCAGUACGACGAUCGUGAUCUGACACUGGUUACAGCUCGCAUUAAUGCUCGAUUAGCAGCCGAGAUGGGGCGCACAGUUAUUGAAGUGCUCCCGAGAUGUGAUGAUUGGACUUCAGUUCACGUGGCAUCCACCAACCUACUGAUAACUGCUAUAGCUUUAGGAAGCAUCUUUGUCGCAAGUGACUUCUGUCGUCGAGAAGAGUAUGUUGACAGCAGUAUAAAUUUCACAGUCGAUAUCUUCACAGCAACUCCGAAACUGAAGAAGUGGUCACCAGGGUUGCGGCCUAUUGAACAGUACUUCAUUCUUGAGUUGAAACGAGUUGCAGAGCACAGAAGAAAUGUUAAGGAGCUCCUGGAUCCGGUCAUAACUGAGAGGUAAAAUAUGGCCAAAGAAGGGCAACCGUUGCCCGAUGAUAUCCUUCAGUGGAUGUUGAACAGGCGUGAAGAUUUCAACCUGGCCGAAGACUAUAUAUCCACAGUUCAGUUGAACCUUGAGUUAGCUUCUAUCCAUACGACAGCGCUGACAAUCGUAUCCAUGUAAGUCUAUGUGAGAAAAAAUUCUUGAUAAUCAGCUAAUGCUAAUAUUCAGUCUGUAUGACCUCGUAACUCGUCCCGAACUUAUUGAAGAUAUUAGAGAGGAAAUCAAGAAUGCCGUAGCGAAUAGCGAUGGUAUAAUAACUAUGCGCGCCCUUUUUGAGAUGAAGCUCCUUGACAGUGUCACGAAGGAGACUGUAAGAUUAACUCCGGGAAGCCUUGGUUAGAUAUGCUCAAGAAUUUGAGACAUUGAGGUUGAAUUAUUAUUUUCGAAGGGAAAUUAUUUGGGGAUUUUUCGAUUAUUGAUUGCGAGGACAUGGGAAGUUUAGCAAUGGUGGCCACAUUUGCGGUGAAUAAGUAUGCGUUAUUUAAUAUCACUUCAUGAAGAGCGUCUUGUUAAAAG